AUUCGGCCAUUUUGCAUAAAUUUCGACGGCAGACACAAUUUCGCCGAAGAUUUUUAUAAAUUUUCCGCAUAAAAACGCAAUAAAAUUGUAAAAAAUUUGUGUUAAAUUCAAGUUAAAGUGUUAUUGUGUGAAAAUUAUAUGAAUUAAUAAUGGCACGUUAUACCCAACGACCGGAAAAUGCUUUGAAAAGAGCGAAUGAAUUUAUUGAAGUAGGCAAACCUUUGCGUGCCUUGGAUACUUUGCAGGAAGUGUUUCGUAACAAGCGCUGGAAUUAUGCCUACUCCGAGACCAUUAUUGAGCCCCUCAUGUACAAGUACUUGUACUUGUGCGUGGAACUUAAGAAGUCUCACAUUGCAAAGGAGGGUUUGUUCCAGUACCGUAAUAUGUUCCAAUUGGUAAAUGUAAAUUCUUUGGAAAAUGUUAUUCGGGCAUAUUUGCGUAUGGCAGAGGAGCAUACAGAAUCUGCUCAAGCUCAAUCAUCUGCAGCUGUAGCCGUUUUGGAAUUAGAUGAUUUGGAUAAUAUUGCUACUCCUGAGAGUAUUUUAAUGAGUGCUGUAUGCGGUGAAGAUGCUCAAGAUCGUUCAGAUCGUACCAUUUUGUUGCCAUGGGUUAAAUUCUUGUGGGAAUCUUAUUGUCAAUGUUUGGAGUUGUUGCGUAUCAAUACCCAUUGUGAAGCUUUGUAUCACGAUAUUGCUCGUAUGGCUUUUAAUUUCUGUUUGAAAUACAACCGUAAAAGUGAAUUCCGUCGUUUGUGCGACAAAUUGCGCAAGCAUUUGGAAGAUAUUUGCAAGAGCACCAAUCAAACUACUGGUGUGUCAAUUACCAAGUUGGAAACGCAACAACUAUGCCUUGAUACCAGGCUCUUCCAAUUGGACUGCGCUAUUCAAAUGGAAUUAUGGCAGGAAGCCUACAAAGCUAUUGAAGAUAUUCAUGGUUUAAUGGCUUUGUCCAAGAAAACUCCUGUUCCUAAAACCAUGGCCAAUUAUUAUCAAAAAUUAGCUAUGGUUUUCUCUAAGGCUGGAAACCAAUUGUUCCAUGCUGCUGCUUUGCUAAAACUUUUCCAACUGACUCGUGAAUUAAAGAAGAACUUGACUAAAGAUGAUAUGCAACGUAUGGCUUCUCAUGUAUUGAUUGCCACCUUAUCCAUUCCUUUGCCCUCGGCUCACCCUGAAUUUGAUCGUUUUAUUGAAGCUGAUAAGAGUCCCUUGGAGAAGGCCCAAAAGUUGGCGGUUUUGUUGGGUUUGCAACAACCACCCACCAGAGUCUCCUUAUUGAAGGAAGUGGUGCGUCUUAAUGUCCCUCAAUUAGCUUCGGAGGAAUAUCGCAAUCUGUACAAUUGGAUGGAAAUUGAUUUUAAUCCUUUGAACUUGUGUAAACGUGUACAGACAGUUGUAGAUGCUAUCGAGGCCAUCCCUGGUGAAAAUAAUCCUUUAGCACCCUACGUUCGCCCAUUAAAGGAUGUUACCAUCAUGCGUUUGAUACGCCAAAUCUCUCAAGUAUACGAGAGCAUUGAAUUUGAUCGCCUUCUCAACAUGGCUUCUUUCUCUAAUAUUUUUGAUUUGGAGAAGUUGUUAGUGGAAUCUGUACGUCAUAAUGACAUGCAAAUUCGCAUUGACCAUCAAAAACGUUGUAUUUACUUUGGUACCGAUCUUACCGAAAGCCAACGUGAAGAUCAUCCGGAUGGACCCAAUUUACAAUCUAUGCCUUCGGAGCAAAUCCGUUCCCAGUUGGUCAACAUGUCAUCUGUUUUGCAUCGUGCAGUUUCAGUUGUUUAUCCCAACCGUGAACGUGAUCAACGCGCCAAAUUGCGUACUCAGAUGGUGCAACAUUAUCAUGAAAUCAAAAACCGUGAACAUCAACGCAUUCUUCAGCGUCAAAAGAUUAUCGAAGAUCGUAAAGAGUUUAUUGAGAAACAAAAUAAUGCCCGUGAGGAAGAGGAGGCCCGCCGUUUAGAGGAAGAGGCACGUAAAGCUAAAUUGGCCGAGCAAAAACGUCUCGAGCAAGAGAAUGAGGAACGUGAACGCAAACGUCACCAAAACGAAAUUCAAGCCAUCAAGGAGAAGAGCUUGAAGGAGAAGGUCCAACAAAUUUCUCAAACUGCUCAUGGCAAGAAAAUGUUGGAAAAACUCGAUCCUGAAAGCAUUAAGAAAUUGGACGCUGAACAAAUUGCAGCUAAGGAAUCCGAAGAAUUGCAACGUGAACGUAAGGAGUUGCAGAACAAACUCAAAUCUCAAGAAAAGAAGAUCGAUUACUUUGAACGUUGCAAGCGCAUGAAGGAAAUUCCUCUUUUCGAGAAGUAUUUGAGCGAGAAGAUGGUCAAGGAUAAGGAGUUCUGGGAAGCUCAAGAGGCCACACGUAUUGAGAAUGCUAUUGCUGAACGCAAGGAUGCCGUUAUUCAACAAGAACGCCUUAUGCGUAUGCAUCCAGAUCGCGAUGCUUUCUUGGAAACUUUAAAAACCGAGCGUGCUUCCGUGUAUGCCGAGAAACUACAACAAUUUGAAAUUGCUUUGGCUGAAGAGCGCAAGAAGCGUUUGGCUAAACGUGUUGAAAUGCGUCGUGAGCAACGUCGCCAACAAUGGCUGCGUGAAAAGGAAGAAGAACGUAUGCGUAAAGAAGAAGAAAUCCGUCGUGCUAAGGAGGAAGAAGAACGCAUUAUUGCAGAGGCCCGUCGUAAGGAACGUGAAGCUGAGGAAGAAAAACGACGCAUUCAAUACGAAAAACAACGUGCCAAGGAAGAGGAGGCCGAACGCAGAAUUCAAGAAGAAAGAGAACGUUUGGCUCGUGAAGUUGCUGCUGAACGAGAGCGUGAGAAGCCCGCUGACAAGGUCUGGCGUUCUCGUGGUGGUGAUCGUGAACGUGGUAACCUCGAACGGGGAGAUCGUGAACGUGGUGAACGUGCCGAAAGAGGUGGUGACAAUAACGAUUGGCGUCGUGGUGCUGUUCAGCCAGAACGCGAGCGCGAACGUCCAACUGAACGUAAGGAAACUACUGAGGGUGGCGCUGAUGGCGGUUCAUGGCGUGUGCGACGUGAACAACAAGAAUCAGGUCCUACCCGUUCGGUAGCUGGAGGUGCUGGAGCUGGUCCACGUGAUGACAAAUGGCGUCGUGGUGGUGGUGCCGAUGAGGAACGUGGUGGUCGCGGAGGAGAUUUCCGUCGUGGUGGUGACCGUGAGGAACGUCCUCGUGGUGGUGAAUUCCGCCGUGGAGGUGGUGAACGCGAUCGUGAUGAACGUCGUGAUGGUCGCCGUGAUGAGCAGUCUACUGCCGGAAACUGGCGUGACGCUCCUCGUGCCUCCGAUCGUGAUAAUCGUCGUCCUGGUGGUGGCGAACGCCGUGAUCGCGGUACAGGUGCUCCCGGUGCUGGUGGCAAGGAUUCUGGAAAUUGGCGCACUGAACGUCCUCCCGCACGUGAAGAAAAGGAGAAACCCAAAAGAGAACCCCAGCAAGAUAAAGAAAACAAAGGCGGCGAUGAUGAUGAAUGGGUUAGUGUAAGACGUCGUUAAACGAAGCUCUGACUAACAUUAUAUAUAUUCAACAUAAUUCGAGCAAAACUAUGAUGCCUCCCUCCUGCAUUUUUCUAAACACAAAUUUUUUAUAUACAUGCCCUCUUUUUUAACUGUAUUCUUUUAAUUUUAAGCGUUAUAUUGUCUCAAGAGUGACAAAAAGUUUAUGUGGAGAUGGAUGCGACGCAAGAACAAAAUUAAUUAUGAUAUAAAGACUUUGAAAAGAUUUUGUCUACCAUUUUGUAAUUGCUCCUUAUAAAAACAAUUUAACAAUAGUAAUAUAAAAAGAUGUAUUCAAUAUUCAAUUUUUUUUAUUAUUUUUCACUAUAAAAUAUUAUACUCCAUAUAAAAAAAUAACAUCGUCAAGGAAAUAUACUUAUGUAUGUAUAACUACUUAAACAGUAUACAACAUCAAUCAUAUUAUAUACAAUUAUUAUUAUAACAAAAACAAAAAGACGUUACUUUUUGCAUGCGUCAUUUAAAAUUUAACUAACUACAUUUAAAAAAUAAAUUUUAAUUACAAUAUAAUAUGAAAAUCAUGCUCGGAGGA